AUGUUAUCCCCCCAGGAAGAAGACCUGGAGAAGCUGGCCGAGACGUGCCUCGCCACGGCCCGGCAGAUCAAAGCCUACCUCGCGGCCAACAACCACCCGCCGCCCAGCUUCGACGAGAACGGCCCGGCGUCGUUCGUCCCCGCGACGCCCGAGUUCCACCAGACCCGGCUCGAGCUGCGCACCGCCGCCCGUCGCCUGUAUGAUCUGGCAUCCGGGCCCGACGACAUCCUGACAUGGCAUCUGUAUCAUUGCAACCACGACCUCAACGCCUUCCGCUACGUGUACCGCUACAAGGUGGCCUCGAGGGUGCCGCUGAACGGAUCCAUCCGCUACGCCGACCUGGCGUCCGCGCUGGGCCUGGACGCGUCGCAGCUCAAGCAGAUGCUGCGCCAAUUGAUGCCGAUCCACGUGUUUCGCGAGCCGCAGCCGGGCUGGGUCGGACACACGGCGUCGUCGCGACUGCUGGCAACGCACGACGGCGGCAUCGCCGCCUUCACGGGGUUCCUGGUCGAGGACACGUUCCCGCUGUGCGCGCGCCAGACCGACCUGCCCUGCCACGCCUACUACGAGACCGACCCGCCCGUGCGCGACCGCUUCGGCCGCCUGAUGACCCACCUGACCGCGAACCCGCUGAUGGCCAACGGCCACGUCGCGCGCGGCUUUGACUGGGCGGCCCUCGCGCCCGGCAGCGUCGUGGUCGACGUCGCGGGCAACGCGGGCCACUGCGCCGUGCCCAUCGCCGAGACCACGGACCCCAGCGUGACCGUCGUCGUGCAGGACCUGCCCCAGGUGGUGGCGGCGGCGCGCGACCCGGCCACGAGCGUGGUCCCCGUCCCCCUGCGGCCGCGCGUCGCGUUCAUGGCCCACGACUACUUCACGCCGCAGCCCGUGCGCGGCGCCGCCGUGUACUUCCUGCGCAUGGUGAUGCACAACCACAGCGACGCGCUGGCGGUGCGGGUGCUGCGCCAGAUCGUGCCGGCCAUGGCGCCCGCGUCGCGCAUCGUCGUCAUGGACCAGGUCAUGCCGCCCGCCGUCGGCCUGCUGCCCGAGCCGCUCGAGCGCAUCAAGCGCUCCCAGGACCUGCAGAUGAUGCUGCUCCUGAACGCCAAGGAGCGGGACGAGGCCGAGUGGGCCGACCUGUUCGCGAAGGCCGGCGAGGGGUUGGUCGAGGGCGUCUUUGCCGCCGCCGCCGCGGCCGCGGGAGACGACGCCGAUGCUGAAGCGGGCAAGGACAAGGUGUUGGGCAUCGUGGCCAUCCGCACCCCGCCUGGCAGUAUGAUGAGUUUGAUUGAGGUCGGAUUCGUGGAUCGGGCGCAUAAUGUCCAGAAGAGCGAGGCUGGCAAUAAAGAUGGCCAGGGUGAGGAAGACGUUGCGGACAGUUCUGGCGCUGGCACGAGUUGA